UGUAAGCUUAACUUAUUUUCACUCUCAACCUGUGGCUUAACAAAGUUUUGCAACAUUUUUAGGUUAAGACACUUUAUACUAGUAUCUCAAUAAUGACUUUUAUUGAGAGACAAUGGCAUACAAGUGCUGAACAUUGAUUUGAUGAGAUAUACCAAAACUUACUCACGAUUUAAGUCUUGUUAAAGACUCUUAAGAUUAAAGUCAAAAAUAAAGCAAAAUAUAGCCAUAAAGUUUAGACAUAAUAACAAGUUGUGUGAAUAAUAAUAAGCCUCGCAAAUAAAAAUCCAUUGAAAAUCUAUUGGCGUUACCAUUGAAUCCAAUCGGAAACAUAAUAAUAAGUUUAAGACGAGAAACGCCUUCCCAUUACAUUUAACCAGCAAUUUGUGCCAACGAUUCCACUCUUAACAAUAAAUAUGAUUGAAGUCUACCAGAAACGGGCCCUCACUUACCUUAUAUUACUGGUGACCUACACUGUCUUCAACUACAAGACUAUUGUAGUCAACUCAUCCUUUUUGACUCUCUUCUCACCACAAACUGAACCAUUGGAUCCAUGUUAUGAUGAGUUAGGAAAUCCUCGACGAUGUAUACCUGACUUUGUGAACGCGGCGUUUAAUAAAGAAGUUAAGGUGUCGAGUGAAUGUGGUAAUCCUCCUUCACGUUUAUGUAUUGCCACAAACAAUGAUAGGGGAGAUAUAGUAAAGGAUUGUCAGAUUUGUGAUAUCAAUGAUCCCAAGCGUCGACAUCCGGCAUCAUAUCUGACUGAUCUGAAUAAUCCAAAUAACCUGAGCUGUUGGAUAUCAGAGCCCCUAAGUCAGGGCAAUCAAAAUGUUACUCUAACCCUAAGUCUAAGCAAAAAAUAUGAGUUGACUUAUAUUAGUUUACAAUUUUGUGCCGCAAAACCCGAUUCAAUGGCUAUUUUUAAAAGUAUGGACUACGGGGAGACUUGGCAUCCAUUUCAAUACUAUUCGAGUCAAUGCAGAAAAGUUUACGGCAGACAAAACAGAGCCGCUAUUACUAAAGCCAACGAACAGGAACCUCUCUGUGCUGAUUCCAAUACUGAGCCCAUUCCAGGUGCGAGAGUGGCCUUUAGUACUCUCGAAGGACGACCAUCUGCUUAUGAUUUUGACAACAGUCCAGUACUACAGGAUUGGGUCACUGCUACCGACAUUAGGAUUGUAUUCAACAGAAUAAAUGUGAAAACACAGACAUCCGAGACAACCACAAUAUACACCAUCGAUGAUAACAUAACCGACUCAUCAAACGACUUGACAAAACCAUCAGACGCUGUAUAUUAUGCCGUAUCAGAUCUGGCAGUAGGCGGUAGAUGCAAGUGCAAUGGACACGCAUCCAAAUGUGUCUACAAUAAAGACAAAAAAUUAGUUUGCGACUGUAAGCACAACACGGCUGGAAAUGAUUGUGAGAAGUGUAAGCCUUUCCACUUUGACAGACCCUGGGCUCGGGCCACGGCUUUUGACGCUCAUGAGUGCACUCCCUGCAACUGUAACCUUCACGCCCGCAAAUGUCGGUUCAAUAUGGAGUUAUACAAACUGUCCGGUCGUAAGAGUGGUGGGGUUUGCCUCAAGUGUCGGCACAACACCGCUGGCAGACAUUGCCAUUAUUGCAAAGAAGGUUAUUUUCGGGACUCAGCAAAACCCAUCACUCAUAGAAAGGCGUGCAAACAGUGUGACUGUCAUCCAGUGGGUAGUUCUGGACGAAACUGUAACAUAACGAGUGGUCAGUGCCAAUGCAAACCCGGUGUUACCGGCAUUAGUUGCAACAGAUGUGCUAAAGGAUAUCAACAAUCAAGAUCUCCAGUACAACCGUGCAUAAAGAUCCCACAAAAUAAUGACAUAUCGUUUGCAUCAAUGGAGACAACAUCAGAGCCCGACUCUGAUUCCGGCGAUAGUUGUUCGUCGUGUCAAUACUCGACCCAAAGAGUAAAUCUGCGUAAAUAUUGCAAAAGAGAUUUCGCAAUUCAGGCAAAUAUUAUAUCGCGAGAGACAGUCGGCGAUUGGGUUCGCUUUACGAUUCAGAUUCAGCAGAUCUACAAACACGCGACCACUAAAUUGAGACGCGGGUCUGAAUUUAUUUGGGUGCCAAUCGACGACCUGGCCUGCAAGUGCCCUAAAAUUAGAGUCAAACACACCUACCUAAUUUUAGGAAAUGAUGAGCGGGAGAGUCAGCCCUCGGGACUGAUCGCUGAUAGAAGAAGUAUUGCUAUUGAAUGGAAAGAGGAAUGGGCUGAUCGUAUGAGACGAUUCCAGACCCGACAGUUCAAAGGAAAGUGCAAACAUGAAACUCAUGUCUGAAACAUAUCACUAAACAUUAUCUCAAACAAUGGCCAAACAUUUUCUAAUGUUUUACCUGAUAUUACUGUGAAAAUACAUUAUCAAUCAUUAUUGACAUACCAUUGAUAAAGUCAUCAACAAAUCGUAUACAUAUCUAUUGCGAUAUUAUUAUACAGUAUAAGAUUA